GAUCGUUCUUAUCUCGGCGAAAUUUUAUCAGCGACUGAUCCCCACUCUUCUCUAGACAACAGAACCAGAACCAAACAAUAGUCGCUUCUUUAAAAUAGAAUGUCAUUUUAUAUUCAAGAAAUUGUCCAUUUAAUAAUUCAAACCCUUUCUUACGACAAUUCUUCGUACUAAAUAUUUUCCCCUAUAAUUCUUGUUGCAAAUUUACCUCAAGAUAAUUACAGCAAUUUGAAUUUUAUAACAGCGGGAAAUUUUAUAUUUAAAAAUUAAAACCCUGUCGUAUGGCAAUUCUCGGUAGUAGAUAUUUUCCCCUAUACUUUUUGAUAAAAAUUUGAAAAUUUACCUCAAGGUAAUUACGGCAAUUCAACUUAUAUAUAGAUAAAUGCCACAAUUUGAAUUUCAUAUAGACGGAAAUUAUUAAUAUUUGAUAAGUAAGACUGGCGACAGAGAAACUCCCUUUUCUCGACUGCAGUAUUAGAGUAACUAUCGGCCCUUGCAUACAAUAACAGCAAUCUAAUCGAUACAAUGACAACUAUUUUACCGCAAAGUUUCUUUAUUUUAACUUGCAUUGGUCUUUGGAGACCCGUUGACUGGCAAGGCUGGAAGUGCAAACUCUAUGACGCGUACAGCUACUUUGUCGUCGUAACAAAUUUCGCGUUUUCAUUGUCACAGCUCCUGGACAUUAUUUUAGUCCGUACUUCAAUAAAUGAAUUGACAAAUAACAUGACAAUGUUACUUGUAAUGGUGACUGCCUGUGGAAAAAUACUCGGAAUUCUUUGCAACCGCAAUGAAAUUAUUCAAAUUAUUAAGUCGUUAGAAGAAAAACCUUUUAAGCCUCGUGACCAAUAUGAAAUAGACAUUCGAAAUAAGUACAUACAUAUCAGUAGUGUUUUAACCCGUUCUUAUUGUGUGUAUUUGACAAUAGGAAUAUCAGGAAUUUUAUUAACGCGAAUUCCAGAAGCUAAAUUACCCGAUGUAUUGCCUUUCAGCAGCUGGUUGCCUUACAAUUAUUCAAACCCUAAAAUUUACUUACUAACUGCUGCUCAACAAAUUAUUAACUCUCUGAUUAGUACUUACGCUCAGGUUGGCUUUGAUACUCUCUUUCCUGGAAUGAUGAUGUAUGUUUCUGCACAAACAAAUAUACUGCAGUAUCGUUUCAAAAAAGUCAUCAAAGCUCUUGAAAAAAUUAAUCUUAAAAAUUCUGCCGACCAAGUCAAGAAUCAUAAAGACGCCGAAAAAAAUAUUAUUACCGAAUGGGUCGAGUGCCAUAUUGCGGUUUUAAGUUUUUCAGAUUAUGUUUACGAAAUAUUUUCGAAGCCUGUUUUUUUGCAGUACUGCUCAAGCUCAAUAAUGCUUUGCGGAACAGUAUAUUAUUUUUCUAGUAUUCCAAUGGAUUAUGUUGAAUGUAUCAGUACUAUGGUUUUUAUUAUCGGCACGAUAUUACAAAUAUUUAUGUGUUGCAUGUCUGCUCAUCAAUUGACACUUCAGUUUGCAGAUCUUAAUGACGCGAUGUAUAACACCGAUUGGUUUAAUCUGAGUAUAAAUGCUAAAAAGUCCAUGAUUAUAAUCGUCUUGAAAACAUUUCAGCCUGUGGUCUUUAUGUCUGGUUAUAUCGUCACACUAUCAAUUGAAUCCUUCAAAAGUGUAAUGAAAUUAUCUUACUCUAUUUAUAACGUACUUCAGUAAAAAAAUAACAUAAAUUUCACAAUGUUGUUGAUUUGUUGUACACGGAAAGAAAAUUAUGGCAGCGGUUCCCAUAAUUUUGUGAAAUUUUUUCCUAUACCAUCAUAGGAAUUACGACCAUAAAU